AUGGAAUUCUCCCUGCGGCUGCUCCUUAAUGCAUCGCCGUUACCUACUUGCGGGCCAUCUCCCCAGCCAGCUGAUAGCUCGGCGUUAACCCAUCCUUUCUUCGUCCCUGAGUUCCAGCCCGCUUUCCGGGAGGGACCGGGGAUCGCAAGAGGCACCCAGGCCCAGGUGGAGAGACUGGUCCGUCUCGUCGGGAAUGACGGCGACCUGAAGAAGCUGCUGAAUGACGCGAACGAGUUGUGCGCAUUCCAGGGAUUUGAUACGAAGACCAUUGCUGUGCUAGGGGAGUCCGGGAUGGGAGACACCAGGUCGGCAUGCACCUCGGUCGGCACCGAGUACAUGCAGAGAACGAUGAAGCACACGGCGCCCAUCGAGCACUUGUCAUCGUCAGCGCUUGAGGAAGUCGUUGCCGAACUUCUGUGGAAUUCCAGGCAUGUCUACCUCCCAGGAGUUAAGGACCAAGGCCCGUCAGUUGAUAACUUCCACCAACUCCGGCCGAGGAGGAAUGUGCUGAUGCCCGUGGCGGACCAGGAGGAGUCGCGGGAGCUUCUACAGGGGAUGAGGGCGCUUAAUGAGAGGGUCCGUGAGGUGUUGCGCCGCGGGGCGCUCAGGGGAGUUUGAGUACGGAUCCGUAAAGCGGGCAGAGGUAAUGCCAACAACACC